AUGGGCAGCGAGGAGGACGACGACGACGAAGAAGAGGCGGGCGGCAGCGGAGAGGCAGCGGAGGAGGCGGCGGUUGGGAUCAUCCAUGGCUUUCCCACGCCCAUGCUUCCCGACGACAACAACCCCGUCCCCGUCCUCGCAGACUUCCUCUCAAAUGUACCCCCACCCUUGACAGUCGUCCUCCUCCACCUCGCACCAUGCAUAUCCGCGUCCAGGCAGGCUGUUGAAAUCUCCAGCUGGGCAGCAACUUGGUACUAUAGUUGGCUCGCACUCGCCGCCUGGUGGGUCGUCUGUCUAUUCAUAGAUAGCACAUUGCGGCGCUUCUUGCCUUUCGUUGUGCUCGCUUUCAUUGCGGCGGUACAGCGCCAGCGGAAGAAUCAAACGCUUCAAACUCCCACAACUGAACAAUCUCUUCGUACAAUCAUCACUGACCUGACAAUCAUACAAGCCCUUCUGCCGUCUAUCCCCUCCUCUGUCUCAUCCGUAGCCCUCCCAAAACUUCUUCGCGUUUGCGUCAUUCUAUAUGUCCCCUACCUCGUCCUCUCCGUCUUCAUCCCUUUCCGGAUCAUCUGUGCAUUUGUCGGGACUAUCGUCCUCACAUGGCGAGCACCUUGGGCAAUUAUCCUGCGUGCUAUCGUUUGGCGCAGCGCCUGGUUGAGAUGGGCCGUAUAUAGCGCAUGGGCCACCUUGACUGGAGAUCCGCUUCCUCCUCGUACGAUGUCGACUCAGCCGUCGAACACGUCGUCCGACACUGUUCAAUCAGUCCGGUUCUUAUUCACGGUUUACGAAAACCAGAGAUGGUGGAUGGGACUUGAUUGGACAGCUGCCCUUCUUCCCGGAGAGCGGCCGUCUUGGUGUUCCUCCUCGCAGCACCACGUAUCCCCUCCAAACGCGUUUGUUCUUCCUGACAACACCGCUGUUUAUCUUCCCGAUGGAAAGGGCGGCAGACUGAAACGCACUGCUAUUUGGAAAUGGGAAGAACCAGAGUGGCGAGUCGUCAUCCAUAAAGAUGGCGGUAGUCUCAACAGGGUUGAACGCCCACUUCCAAGUCCAAAGGAAGAGACCGCAAACUCCAGUCGUUUGAUUAAAGCGGCUGCAGGGCGUCUGCGAGACUCCGGAAUAACGUCACCAACCUCAACGGAGAAUGGACCCACAGGCACAGCUUCAGAUGCAGGGCAUUCCGCCGAAGACAAGCACGAGGGCGAAGAUGAAGAAAUCUUAACAGAUGCAGAUGGCUGGGUGUACGGGGACAACAAAUGGGAGGCACAGAGUAACAAAGGCGGGAUGGGCAAGUAUACCCGUUACAGGCGUUGGACCCGGAUUGCAGUGGUGUUUGAAGAAGUUGAGAACGUCUCUCCCGGAGAGAUAGGAGUAUAUCGCGAAGAGUCGACGGCUCGGCCUGUUGAGGCAGAGCAACGAGUGGAACCUGUAGCACUCUCAGAAUCUCCCACCCAGGACGCCAAAACCAUAGGAAGCCCACCGCCAGACAGUCCUUUAAGACAGCGCCUGAGAAUGGCUUUGAAUAAGUAG